ACCCAUCAGAAUCUUCCUGCUGGGCUUCAGCCUUAAAAAAAAAAAAACACGAGAGAUAUCUCGGGUCGGCGAACCCGCAGUACGCGACCUAAAUAAGGAUUCCUGCUAGUGUUGAUCUUUUCCCUGUCAGCUUGCGCAACUAAGAAUAGGACUUCUUCCUCUCUACCCCGCUGCAAAGAGUGACGCACUUGAGCGGUGAAUACUUCACCCACUUAAUUGGCAAACCCCUCUUCUUCGCUUGUCCCUCAAUCAAUCUCUUCGAACGCAACCAAGAACAACCACCAAGAUUCAGACUCGGGAUAUGGCGUACAGAUCUAGCCGGAGAGACGUCGACGACGACUAUGAGCCCUAUGAGCGACGUCGCAGCCCGCCGCGCAGGGCAGGCGUGACCGUGAGGGAAUAUGAGGAUAUAGAUGUCCAACCCCGCGACCGAGACCGAGCAGACCGUACCCCCGCAUUUUUAAGGGAGGAUGUCAGGAGGACUGAGGCUGGUGCGCUUGUUUUACGCCAGCGGGAGGUCGAGUCGGUUGACCGCCGACGUGCUCGUAGCCCUAGCCCUGUUCGGUACCAGCGCUAUGUGGAGAGGGGUCGUGAGCGGGAGCCUUCGUUGCCCCCGAUGUCUCGACAAAGAUAUGUCGAACACUCGCCCUCCCCUCCCCCAGCGGCUGUGCGGGUAGAGUCUCGUACGAUUGAGAGGCGACGGGAAAGGUCGCCGACCCCGGAUAGGGAGCACGACUAUAUCCGCCUCCGCAUCGAGCGCGAGAAAGAGCAGAGAGCUCCCUCGCCGAGCCCAUCACCUCCGCCGCCGCAGCCUCAGGUCAUUCGCGGACCGACUAUUGAGCGCGAAGUUAUUACGCACUAUCGGGACAUUGAUCACGGCGUCGAACGAGUGAAGCCUCCGACGCCGCCGCCACCACCCCGAACAGCGCCCCCUCGGGUUAAGGAGCGUGACCUUGAUAUUGAUAUCGAUAUCCGUCGCAAUGAGACUGAUGUUGAUAUCCGUCACCGUACACGAUCCCGAUCUCGUCCGCGUGAGCGUCCUCUGCCUCCGCGUCGGCAGCCAACAUAUUAUGACGAGGACGACUUGGUGUAUGAGAAGGACCGCGAUUCGCUUCGCGUAAUUGAGACUCACCGACGUGCACACUCUGCCGCUCCCCGGCCAGAUUACACGGAAGAAGCCGAGUAUAUCACCGACAAGAUCGACGCCCGCGGUCGCAUGGGAGAAGCUCGGAAUGGCGUCACCAGAGACUGGACUAUUAUCGAUGUGCCUCCCGGCACGGAACGCGUGCAAAUGGAUGGCGUCGGCGGCGGCGCCGCUGAGGUGACCUGGCAGCGAUACAACGGCGUGCGACGCUCUAGAUUCAUUCCCGACCGUGAAGGAACCCCCCUCAGCGCCGUGAGCGAGCCGAUUCGGGAACGCGACCAAUCGCGGGAGCAAGAACGGCUCAGCGUGCAGAUCUAUGAUAAACGUGAAAGGUCCCGCGAUCGCGACGUAGACAUUGAAGAAAUCACGGACAGGAGGAUUACCAUCCGCAAUGAUGACAGAGUUCCACCUAGGAAACGCAACGACAUGUGGACUGAAAUCACCAAGGACCUCGUCGUUCGCGAGGCGAUUGAGAAGUUGGGAUACGAGUAUGAGGAGACUGAUUGGUUUUUCUACGUCAUGCAAUACUUGCGCUACGUAAGUCCUUCACCACUUCUUCCUUUAAUCCUAAUCUGAGGCGGAAACAUGCCUACGUACGUGCUAUACGGCAUAC